CAAAACACCAUCACCCCUCCACUCUACAGACCUUUUUUGCACGCUCCCUGCAAGACCGCGCUCCCUCGCCCGAAGACAAGAUUCUCGACUGCUGUGUCGGUUUUCAGCCUCCAGUUGCAGAGCGGAGUCCUCUUUUCGCCGUCCGCCCCAGCUUCCGUUUGUAAUCACCAUGGCAAAGGACGACGAGAAGAAGCCCACGGCCGCCGAGAAGGGCAAGGGGAAGGCUGCGAACGGCGAGGCGGAAAAGGAGGCCAAGAGGGAUAAGGGCGGGAAGGACGGGAAGCCCAUACAGGACGACAAGAAGGGAGCACCGCCGGCUGAGGAACUCAGCGAAGAAGACCAGCAGCUCAAGAGCGACCUCGACAUGCUCGUCGAGCGGUUACUGGGCCCGGAUACCAACCUCUACAAACCCGCACUCGAGCAGAUCAAGGACUUCAUCAAGACGUCGACCUCGUCGAUGACGGCCGUGCCUAAGCCGCUCAAGUUCCUGCGGCCGCACUAUGAGAGUCUGGAGAAGGCGUACCAGGCAUGGCCAGCCGGGGACGACAAGAAAUCCUUCGCCGACAUGCUCUCUGUCCUCGGAAUGACGUACUCGGACGAAGACCGCCUCGACUGCCUGAAAUACCGUCUGCAGGCACCGUCCACAGAUCUUGGCUCGUGGGGCCACGAAUACAUGCGCCAUCUUGCUCUCGAAAUCGGCAGGGAGUUUCAGACACGGCUGAAUGAUGACAAGUCGACAGAUGAUAUUACCGAUCUGGCUUUGACCCUCGUGCCCUUCUUCCUCAAGCACAACGCCGAAGCGGAUGCGGUCGAUAUUUUGAGCGAGCUGGAGAUGAUUGAUCAGAUUGAGCAUCACCUAGAUCAGGACACUUAUGCCAGGGUGUGCUUGUACAUGGUUAGCACUGUCCCACUGCUGACCUACCCUGACAACGACAAAUUCCUCAAGACGGCCUACUCCGUCUACCGGAAAUACGAGCAAUACACACAAGCUAUGAUCCUCGCCAUACGGCUGGACGACCGGGAUCUAAUCGAGCAAACUUUCAACUCCACCGAAGACAAGGCGAUCCAGAGGCAGAUGGCGUUCCUGUGUGCUCGCCAGCGGAUAUGGUUCGAUGUGUACGAUGAUGAUCCAGAGCUCCUUGAGUGCUUGAGCAACACCAAGCUCUCGGAUCACUUCAAAGCGCUCGGCAAGGAGCUGAACAUUCUUGACCCCAAGACUCCGGACGAUAUCUACAAGACCCACCUCGAGAGCAGCAGGACGGCAGGCUUGACAAAUACUGACUCUGCUCGGCACAAUUUGGCAUCUGCGUUCGUUAAUGCCUUUGUCAACGCUGGGUUCGGGAAUGAUAAGUUGAUGCUGCACUCGGACAGCAAAAACAGCUGGGUCUGGAAGACAAAAGAGGAGGGUAUGAUGUCUACCGCUGCCUCGCUGGGUAUGCUCAUGCAGUGGGAUAUUGAGAUGGGACUGGACAAGAUUGACCCCUACACCAACACCAGUGAGGACGUCAUCAGGGCGGGCGCUAUGCUUGCCACCGGCAUCCUGAACUGCGGUGUCCGGAUGGAGUCAGACCCCGCCCUGGCCCUGCUUGGCGACGAGGAUAAUCUUACAAACAAGAGCGUUAAUAUCCGGAUGGCUUCCAUCAUGGGUCUUGGGCUUGCUUAUGCAGGUUCGAAUAAGGAUGAGCUACUUGAGCUUCUCCUUCCUAUUGUUGCGGAUACAGGUCUUGAUAUGCAGCUCUCAGCCAUGGCCGCUCUAUCGCUCGGAAUGAUCUUUGUCGGGUCAGCUCAUGGUGAGGUCACCGAUGCGCUGAUGAACACUCUCCUGGAUGAGGACCGAACGAAGCAACUCAAGGACAAGUGGACUCGCUUCAUGGCUUUGGGUCUUGCACUCCUGUUCUUCGGCCAGCAAGAAGAAGUCGACGUCAUUCUCGAGACUCUUAAGGCUCUCGACCACCCCAUGUCGAAGCCCACCUCCGUCCUCGCUGAAGUGUGCGCGUGGGCAGGGACCGGAGCUGUGCUUAAGAUCCAGCAACUGCUCCACAUCUGCAAUGACCACAUCGAAGACGACAGCGAAGAGAAGAAGGGCGACGAGCUGCUCCAGUCGUAUGCCGUCAUCGGCCUCUCAUUAGUCGCCAUGGGCGAAGAUGUGGGCCAAGACAUGAUUCUCCGAACAUUCGGCCACCUCAUGCAUUACGGCGAAGCCAACAUCCGGAAAGCGGUCCCGCUCGCUAUGGGUCUCAUUAGCCCCAGCAACCCCCAGAUGAAAGUCUAUGACACGCUCUCUCGAUAUUCUCACGACAAUGACAAUGAUGUUGCUAUCAACGCUAUUUUCGCAAUGGGUCUGCUUGGCGCUGGAACAAACAACGCUCGUCUUGCGCAGUUGCUCCGGCAGUUAGCGAGCUAUUACCACCGCGAUCCAAACGCCCUUUUCAUGGUGCGCAUCGCCCAGGGCCUCCUACACAUGGGCAAAGGCACGCUCUCCGUAAACCCCUUCCACACAGACCGCCAAGUCCUGUCCCGGGUCGCAGCCGCUGGCCUACUCACCGUCCUUGUCUCCCUCAUUGACGCGAAGUCCUUCAUCCUCGGCGAAAACCACUAUCUACUGUACUUCAUGGUCACGGCUAUUUCGCCUAGGUUCUUAAUCACCCUAGACGAGGACCUGAAACCGCUGACCGUGAAUGUGAGGGUCGGUCAGGCAGUGGAUAUUGUCGGUCAGGCUGGGCGACCCAAGACGAUUACAGGAUGGCAGACGCAGAGUACUCCCGUGUUGUUGGCGUAUGGAGAGAGGGCCGAGUUGGAGGAUGAGAAGUAUUUGAGUUUGUCGAAUGUGUUGGAGGGGGUGGUUAUUUUAAGAAAGAAUCCAGACUGGGAGGACUGAACGCGAGAAGAAGUGAGGAUGGAAAGGAGGAAAAGUGGUGUGACGUGGCGUUUGCUGCAUAAUAUGCAGGCACGAGAAGCGUGAGAAGUCAUUGGGAGAGCAUCACUUCACAUGGCAUCUUCUGCCAGAAGGGGACUUUUUGGGGCACUCUAAUAGAAGCACGAUGCCCGGGCCUUACGCAAGUGAGGACUAAGAUGGGUAGUCGUUGUAAUUAUAGUUGCAUGACGUUCGCGAAUGAAAG